GCCACCAGGAAUCCAGUAGAGCAUUGGGAGCGGAAGCAAUAUGCGUUUUAUAAUCGUGACCCUUAUCUUGGCAGUCAUUCAGCAGUCUGCCGGAGUGCAAGUACAGACAGAGCACACCAUUAUCGAGGAAUGGAGCUGGCAAGACAACCGUGGAAACGGUGAUUCCGGUGGAUAUCAAUACUCCACAACGCUGGAUAAUGAUGAAGAUCUGGAUGGAGAUGAAGAUGAAGAUGAGGAUGAGGAAGAUGCCGAGGAUAUACUGGCUCAGGCCCAUGCGGCCAAUUUAGACGAGGAUGAGGAGAGCUGUGAAUACAGCUGUCCACGGUACUACCGUCCUGUAUGCGUUCUUCGCAAUGGUCGCCAAGUGACUUUCGCCACUCCGUGCGAGUUCCAUAAUCAAGUGCGUUGCGCCAGCGUGCUGAGAAGUCGGGGUCAGAGUAACUCGGUGCCCAUCUUUCAAUACCAACAUGAUGGUGCUUGCUAAGCAAUAAGAUUUAUUCAGGAUUCUUGACUUAAAAUAUGAAAAUUAAAUAUAAAUUCUUAGUGAAACUCCGUUUUAUCUAAAA